CCCACGCUCAGUUCCAUGGCUCCUUCCUCUUCCACUCCACCCCACCCCACCCCAUCCCCAUGGGAGAGGAACAGAGCAGCUGACCCACCUUCUUCUUCUUGACUGAGCCGAUCCAGCUCGCCUUCCUCCCUUCCAAACAAUCAGACAGAUCCACUCUUCAUCCUCCUCCGCCGGACCUCCGGUCGAUCCGUCCCGCGGGUGAGGAUUAGGAACCCUCCAUCUGUUUCUUGGAGUUGGUUUUUUGUGAGGAUUAGGAACCCUCCAUCUGUUUCUUGGAGUUGAUUUUGUGAGGGUUUCUCUAAUUUUCUCCGGUCGAUCCGUCCCGCGGCCUCGUUUCCAUCUUGUUGGGGCUUGGAAGCGGGGCAAGCAGGCGGAGGGGGCGAAGCGAGACAGGAACCAGGCUGGAGGUGGAGUGAGAAGGGGAAGCAGAUAAAAGAAAGUUUGAUCCGGUGAAGCUGAGGAAACUUGGGCCCGUGUUUAAGAAGAUUGGCUCCGUAACUGCUGUCAAUUCCUCCAGUAUAAGGCCACACAAUGACCUUAAUAGAUUUCAUAGAGCUGAGCGAUGAUAACAUUAUUGACUUGAGCAGCGAUGAGGAGACUGUUCAUGAGGAUCAGAUUGCAACUCAACACCGGGCGAUGUUGCUUGAUAAGCAGGGUGUGUUUUUCCUUGCUGGUGAAGGAAGCCAAGGGGUGCAGGCCGUGUUUGUUGCAGCUGGUGAAGGAAGUCAAGAUGAGCAGGCUGUGUUUGUUGCAGCCAAUGAAGGAAGUCAAGAUAGGCAGGCUGUGUUUGUUGCAGCUAGUGAAGGAAGGCAAGAGGCUUCUGAGCCCGGACAUGCUUUGGAAGCUACCGCAUCGUCCAUGAUUAUGGAGGAAGCACCUCUUGUUGCAGCUAGUCAAGGAAGUCAAGAUGUGCAGGUUGUCUCUGUUGCAGCUAGCGAAGGAAGGCAAGAGACUGCUGAGUCCGUACAUGCUUUGGAAGCUACCGCAGUGUCCUUGGUUACGGAAAAACCACCUGUUGAUACGGUUGUGCUCGCUCUCCCACAUGCUGGAUCACUGAAUUGUCUUGGCUCUCCAACAUCAGGGCCAUUCGCUAGUAAAUUCCUCUCGUUCCCCUUUUGUCAUUACAGCCUGACUUCCACCGCUCCGAAGGCUCUGACGUUUGAAGGUGGCGACACAAAGCUGGUGAGAGCGAAGGUGAAACGUCCUAGGAAGAACCACCAUACCGGCACUCCUAAAGCUGUGACUUCUGAAGGUGGCGACGCAAAGCCCGUGAGACUGAAGACGAAACAUCCUAAGAAGAAGAACCAUACAGAAAAACCACCUCUUGGUACGGCUGUCCUCGCUCUCCCACAUGCCGAGUCGCCGAAUUGUCCUCACACAUCAGCGCCAUUCCCCAGCCUAACUUGCACUAGCCCGAAGGCUCUGUCCUCAGAAGGUGGCGACGCAAAUCUGAUGAGUGGGAAGGUGAAACAUCGUACGAAGAACUACGGACCCUGCAAACUAACUCCUUAGACUGAAUCUUUCUAGCUACUGUUGCUGUAGUUCAUCUCAUAGGUAACCACUCUUAUUGUAUCCGUACUGGGAUCGGAGCUCGUGUUGCCCCCAUCUCUCUGCAUUCCUCUAGAAUGUCAGUUGUGGGUGAAUUUUGGGCUGGUUUUGUCAAGCACGUCAUUAGGUGGUAUUUUGGUGAACCUGGAAAUGGCGCGCAGCUGCUGUUAUCUGGGAGCUUAGGAAACUACUUAGAAUUUAGACUUUUUUGCCAUCCUGUCUCCAGGCUGAGAUGUAACCAAACCAACAAUAGAUUGCAAUUUGUGAGAGCAAUUGCAUUUUGAUUUUUUGUGAAAAAAGUGUGUUUUGGCUUUGGCAGAUGAAGGCUGAAGCUAUAUAUAUAGUUUAGUUCUGUUCAUAGAUGAAUGUACUAGUGUGAGUGUAACUUGCACGCCUGGUAAUGUUAUGCAUGACAUAAGUGCUAUUUGCUGUGGUUAA